CAGAUCCGCGCGCGGAGUCACUUCUCAGCAGCAGCGGCCUCCAUUUUAACUCCGACACCGACUCGUACCUCACGUGUCCUGGGCCGUCUCUCUCACAUGACCCGAGUGUUUGUUCCCGUGAUCAGCACUCCCARCUCUGUCUGUGUGACACGGAAUAUCACUUUUUAUUUUCACCCUGAUGGAUAUGCUCGAACAGAGUCUGGACACCGCAAGUCAAGCAAAGCAAGAAGAAGAGGUUGUCCAGUCAUCCGAAGACGGAACAGGAGAAGAGCAGACGGCUGUAACUAUAGCCAGUGUUCAGCAGGCUGCAGCAUUUGGUGACCAUAACAUACAAUAUCAGUUCCGCACAGAGGGCGGGCAGGUGACGUACCGUGUCGUCCAGGUAACGGACCAGCACCUCGACGGCAGGGAAGAUGCAGGAGGAGCAGUGAGUGUCGUCUCAACAGCUGCUUUCGCUGGCGCUCCUCAGGCUGUAGCUCAGGCUGUGAUCCAAAACCCUUUCAGUAAUGGAGGAAGCCCAGCGGGGGAGGCAGUGGGAGGGGAGACCCGCUUUGCUUAUUUCCCCGCAACUGCGGUGAGCGACGGGACCGUGUCAGUGCAGACCGCUGCAGACCCUACCCUCACACAGGCAGGGGGUCAGUUUUAUGUGAUGAUGACACCUCCUGAUGUCAUUCAAACGGGAACACAACGAACCAUCGCCCCACGCACACAGCCCUACCCUGCAGAUGAAAACGAGCUGCUGCAACGUGAUGGUUUAAGCUGGAAAAUGGACGGACCCCGAACGCCUCGAGAUGAAAGGAGGAGAGCGCAACAUAAUGAAGUCGAAAGACGACGAAGAGACAAAAUCAACAACUGGAUUGUCACGCUUUCCAAGAUGAUCCCUGACUGCAGUAUGGACAGCACCAAGACUGGAGCAAGCAAGGGUGGCAUCCUGUCUAAAGCCUGCGACUACAUCCGUGAGCUGAGGCAAAAUAACCAGCGACUGCAGGAGAGUCUAAAGGAAGUGGAGAGGAUACAAGUGGACAAUGAGCUGUGCAGGCAGCAGAUUGAAGAGCUGAAGAACGAGAACGCGCUGCUGCGAGCGCAGCUCCAGCAGCACGGCAUCGAGAUGGUCGGAGAGACGCCUCCGCAGUAAACGAGAUGAGAAGAGCGGGGAGGAGCGAACACCACUCGAAUGUGUCACUGACACCGUGGAAACGCAGGCGAGAUGAUUGGAAAAGGACUUGUGGAGAAUCACUUUCUUUUUAGUGAUUGCCUCCUUUCCCGGGUUCUGGGUGGCGAACCCUUCACAAGCCAUUUGCGGCUGCACUUGACUCGUCCAGACCUAUUGAGAUAACCACCCGUUGCAACUCAGUAGAAGUGUUCUCCAAGAAAAGAUGUCCCCUCACCUUCAUCAGAGUGCUUAUCCAGCACCAGCUAUGAAACAGAACCUCUGCUUGAACAUCUCCUAUGUUUUGUAUUUAUGUAGCCUCACUAAUGGACUAUGACUUUUGUUAUCUAAAUAUGUUCCUCGUGAGUUUGGUUUUUCCCUCGAUAUUCAUUUUGUCAUAGGUUUUGCUUUUAUUCCUUUUGUGUUUUUGAGUUGUGUAUUAAUAUGUUGUUUUUAGCUCAUUUAAUUUAUUAGUCUGCUUGCUGACAGAAGCCUUGAUGGAGACCGUUACACUAAACUCAUGCACCCCGAAGAAGCGGACAGGAAUUGCUUUUGUUUUGUUUUUUAAWAAGAAAACAUCAAAGUAUGCAAAAUCACAAUUCUAGAGACAAAAAUAAUGUGACACACAKAGAUUACUUUCUUCCAAAGACAAACGAGGAGCUGUGCAAGCCGGUGCCUCUGGGCUGAUUGAUGUAAAUACAACUUUUCAUGUUUUAAUACAGAUGUUACAGAAUGUUAGAUCAGAUUAUCUCUGGGAGUCAACAAUCAAUAACUCAUUAACUCCAUGCUGGCCCUCCGUCACAGUCAUUACCAUGAAGUGUGUGCAAUCUUAAAGCUUGAUUUGGAAAAAAGGACAGGAGUAUACUUGAAACGUUGGGCAUUUGCUUGAUUGAAAAAAAAAAAUAAAGUCAAAGUAAAGAAAGAAAUCACUUACAAACUUCCAGUUGUUUAAGUGGCGUUUAAUUAAAAUGCAAACGUGUGAAACAUGCAGACAAUUUCCAUCUCAGCACUUUGGAUUGUCGACUGGAGAGCAAUGCGGCGCAGGUCCCGACUUUUGCCAAAUCAUACUUAGGUACUGUGGGUUUAUUUUUAUCUUUUGUUCACGUGUGAUUUAGCAUUGUCUCGGUGUGUGUAAAAAUGAUCCCCACAUGGUUUAUUUCAAGCUGUUUGCCCUAUUUUGGUUUUGCAACUCUUCAAAUGGAGCUCAACACAUAUGGGGGGUGGAGGGGGCACCCUGGAGAGCAGCACUCAAAAGACUCUGCUUACUAUGGAAAAAAACAAUACUCAGAAAUCGUGCUGCACUUUUCACUCGAGCACAUCUAGUUCUCCAAGAAAAUGAACAUUUGAGGUGGGAAACAUGGAGAUGAUCUAGUUUUAUUCUCCGCCCACUCAGYCAAACAGGAAAUGAAGUAUAAAUUAGAUUUACAAACAAAAGACAAUAUUAACAUUGUUGAUGAUUUUGUAAAUGAAGAUACAUGAUUUUUUUUUUCAUUUUGGGUAAUGUCAGUGAAAAUGGAUGAAAGACAUCAAACUUUGGAGCAACUCAUUAAAACACGAUUGCCUCUUCCUACGAACAGCUCAGGAUCCAGCAAAGCAAAAUCAACACUCAGACCCCAUGGCUAAAUCCGGCGYACCACCACAUUUAAAUAUCUGAGACUUCUUACGAUUACAGCUUGUGCUUUCAACGUGCUGUUCUGCUACAGCUGCUAGAUCUGAAACCACGAUAAGACUCGUUGCAGGUGUCUGAUCUACCAAACAAGUCUCAGAGUUGAAUGAUAGAUGUGCAGUAAAAUAAUUUUUAUUUGUUUUUAUGGUUCAGUUAGAGGAGAGCAGAAAAUGUGAAGACAUUGGAAGAUGGAUGAAAUAUGUCUUUGUUUUUAUGGCAAAAGGAAGAAGAAAGCUUUUUUUUUCUCUGUAGCAGCCUCACUUUUCUCAGGUUAGAGACAUCUUUUCUAAGGAAAAUGGUGAAAAAUAAAACUUUCACUUGAUCUUAAA